AUGAUUGCCUAUUUCUUGCUCUUUUUAUUAAUUCGAAACUGUGAAGGGCAGCGUGGGGGUCCGGGUGGAGGUGGAGGAGGACCACAGAAUGCAGGCCAACAACAAAGAGGCGGUGGAAUGCCGAGUCCACAGCCUAACCCUGCUUCUCAACCAGCGAGCGCUAACCCAACAGCUUCUAACAAUGCUGAUACCUGUCCAAAUACUCGAAACGUGAUGUCGUAUGAUAGCUCAAAAUUAGCAGUGACUUUAAACGAUGCGAUGAAAGAUUUCCCGAAUCUUUUACAAGGAAACGGGCCAACGUUGACAGAGAUGCUAAAUGAAGCCGGAACAAUUUCACAAUCGUUAAACGAAUCUCAAACGGAUGACUCAAACCCGAUGAAUUGUAAUUCGGCUGAUUGCUCGGGUUGUUGGCUGAAUUUGGUUCGACAAUUCGCACAGCAAGGCGACUCUUGGUGGCAGAAUGUUUACAAAGAGCACGGUCCACAAACCUUUGGCUGUCCACUCGUUCAAUCGGUUCCUCAAACUCCACCAAAUCAAGCAAUGAUCUCGCAAGUCACUCGAACUUUUCCAACGUCAAAUCGAGGGAAACGACAAGCUACAACAACAAUGAAUUCAACUGUAAUCGGGACAACGGCAAAUGUACAAUGCUAUCAACGAGGCGAUGUGCUGCCAAGUGGAGGGAAUUGGUGUGGAUUGUGUAGUAUGUGUUGGAGAUUCCGUCAACUACCGAGCAAUUAUUUUCCAAGAUUCAUCAAUGAGAUCGGUUGCGUAGACACGGAUAAUUUGUGCUUAUCAAGUUUUGGCACUUGUCGUCCAGUCACACAACCCGUCGAAGUGAUGAUGCAAACCUCUUCUGGCUGGCAACAGCUUUCCGUGCAAACACUCGCUAAAAUGCCGCCAAAAAGUCAACAAUCACAAAAAGUCAACAAUAAGUCAACAAACGACACAACACAGCAAGACCCCACCCCGAAGGAGAAGCUCUCUACAGCUAUAGACGAGCUCAAAAAUUACCUGAAAGAAUUGAAGAAAUCCAUGGAAGAAGAGGGCGUUCAAAUACCGGAAUACUUUACUGACCACCGACUCAAUGCCGAGCUGGAUGUUUUGUUUCUGAUCGAGACACGAAUUGUAAGCGACGCUUCAUAUGCGGCUUUGCGUGAUGCUGAAGAGAAUGAUCUCCGAAGCGUUGCUCGUCAAAUUCACUCAUCCUACCAAGAGUUUAUUUAUCCUGCUCGAUCCAAUAAAAGUGGCGGAUUGAUGCAAUUUUUUUUUAACAAACCGCAAAAGGAUCUUUGUGCUCGAGUGCUCGACGUGCUCGACGUGCUCGACGCUGAAAGUGAGAGCGACACUGAAGCAAAAGAUGAAGAAGUUCAACAAACGCCAGGAAAUAGCAAACCAAAAGGGAAAGAAAAACUCCCAGCUCACUACCAUGAAGCGUGUAGCAUCGAGCUGUUUGGAACUACUUACAUUUUGGGUUACCGAAACAACGUUUCUGGGCGUGUUGAAGGACUAAUCGAUGAUAUUACCAAUCUUCGUCCCGAAAAGGGCCCUUUUGUGAUCUUGGGUGAUUUCAAUACAACAAAUGUGAAAUGGAAUGAUGGAGAUUUUGAGUUUGAUUCUAAAGGCAAACCCUCAAGGACUUUUUUGGAAGAAAUUGGUCCCAAGGGAAAAAUUGGUUGCAAUAAACAAUACAUCAAAGUUGCUACAUCAGAACAAAACAACUCCUCGAGUGUAUUACCCGAGCUCAGUGCCUUAAACGUCAAAGACAAAGAAAUCUCUUCUGAAGGAAAGAUAAACCCUGGCGAUGCAAAGAAAAAGUCUGCUGCUGCGCCUCCAAAAAAACAAGUAAACAAAGGGAAGAAG